UUCUUCUGAUACAAAUUCUAUUUUUUUUUUUGCAUAAUGUGUAGUUCAUCAAGUGAUAAUGAUCAACUUCACAUAUUUUUCUUCCCUUUCAUGGCUCAUGGUCAUACAAUUCCAACUCUAGAAAUGGCUAAUCUUUUCUCUUCUCAUGGUGUAAAAUCAACCAUCAUCACUACUCCUCUCAACGCGCAAACCAUCUCCAAGAAAAUUCAGAAAUCGAAAGAUUUAGGGUUUGACAUCGGAAUCCGAACCCUAAAAUUUCCUGCCGUAGAAGGCGGUUUACCAGAAGGAUGUGAAAACAUGGAUGUUAUAAUUUCUAAUGAGAAUCAGAACGGUAAAGAUUCGAUUAUGAAAUUCUUUCUUGCUAUAUCUAUGCUUCAAGAACCAUUCGAAAACCUAAUUCGAGAACUCAAACCCGAUUGUCUCGUUUCUGAUGCGUUUUUUCCUUGGACUAGUGAUGUUGCUGAUAAAUUUAGCAUUCCGAGGUUAGUUUUUCACGGAAUUGGCUUCUUUUCUCUAUGUACUAGUGAGUGUAUUAGUCUGUACGAGCCACACAAGAAAGUUUCAUCGGAUUCAGAACCUUUUCUUGUUCCGAGUCUCCCCGGGGAGAUUAAAUUCACCCGAAAGCAACUUCCGGAUUCCGUAAAGCAAGCCGAAGAAAAUGAUUUCAUCAGAUUGCUGAAAUCAGUUCAAGUGUCGCACUACAAGAAACUUGAUUUUUGGAAACGUGAGUUGUCCUAUGGGGUUGUUGUCAACAGUUUUUAUGAGCUCGAACCGCUUUACGCUGAUUUUUACCGGAACGAAUUAGGGCGAAAAGCAUGGCAUAUUGGUCCGCUUAACUCGUAUGGCAAUAGAAAAAUUGAAGAACGUAAUGAUGAGAGUAUAAUAAAAUGGCUUGAUUCCAAGAAACAAAAUUCUGUUGUUUACAUUUGUUUCGGCAGUUUAGCUAAGUUUACUAAUGCCCAGCUUAAAGAACUUGCAGCCGGACUUGAAAACUCCGGUCAUCAAUUCAUUUGGGUAGUCCGGAGAGACAACUCCGACGGAAACACUAAAGAUUCCGACGAAGAAUGGCUGCCGGAGGGAUAUGAAGCAAGAACGAAAGAAAAAGGGAAGAUUAUAAGAGGAUGGGCGCCACAAGUUGUGAUACUUGCACAUCAAGCAAUCGGAGGGUUUGUGACUCACUGUGGAUGGAACUCAACGCUCGAAGCCAUAACUUCCGGGAAGCCGAUGGUGACGUGGCCGAUAGCGGCGGAGCAAUUCUAUAAUGAAAAGCUGGUGACGGAGGUUUUGAAGAUUGGGAUUGGAGUUGGAGCUAAGGAAUGGGUUAGGCUUCGUGGUGACUAUGUUGAGAGUGGAGGAAUUGAGAGGGCGGUUAAGGAAGUGAUGAUCGGAGAAGACGCGGCGGAGAUGAGGACUAGAGCGGAGAAGCUGGCGGAGAUGGCGAGAGUUGCCGUUGAAGAAGGUGGUUCUUCUUAUUCUGAUUUUAAUGCUUUAGUUCAAGAACUGAGAUCUCGUCGCCUAUGAGUCAAAAGUAUUUUACCUAGAUUCCAAGAAUUUUAUUUCAACUAUAGCUUAAUUGUAAAACUUAAAUGAGUAGAAUGAGUUUUUAUUGAUAUAGA